CCUGGCUGCACUGAAAACCAAGCGCUGUGUCUGAUAUACGUGGACCCGCUCUCUGUCUCCUGUGGUCGGGUCUAGUCUGUUAGCUCUCAGCCGCUUUCAGCCUGCUUGCGCAAAGUCCUCAUCAUCAGUCCAACAUAACGGACAGUCAGGAAGACAGCGGUAAUGAAAGGAACCCGAAAACACCAGAGAUAGCUCGCUGAAACCGAUAUACCACCAUGGCCUUUAUAAAGGGGCUCCUCACCAGCUGCCUUGUGUUGGCCAGUUUGAUUUUCUGUGCCAAUGCAGUGCCAAUAAGUAUAGAUAAAACUAAAAUAAAUAUUCCAGAAGAAACCAUCAAGGAGCCACCCCAGAGCGCGGACACUGGACUGCAUUAUGACCGCUAUCUGAGGGAGGUCAUUGAUUUCCUUGAGAAAGAUCAACAUUUCAGAGAAAAGCUCCAUAACACAGACAUGGAAGAUAUAAAGCAAGGAAAGUUGGCUAAAGAGCUUGACUUUGUGAGCCACCAUGUCAGAACCAAGCUGGAUGAGCUGAAGAGGCAAGAGGUCAGCCGUCUGAGAACGUUGAUCAAAGCCAAGCAGGACAUUGAAGGAGGAAAUGAUAUUGCCGUGGAUCACCAGGCCUUACUUAAACAGUUUGAAUAUCUAAACCACAUGAACCCCCAUACCUUUGAGGUUGAGGAUCUGGACAGGCUCAUCAAAUCGGCUACAAAAGAUCUGGAGAACUACGACAAGGAACGGCAUGAAGAGUUUAAGAGGUACGAGAUGAUGAAAGAGCACGAGAGGCUGGAGCACCUAAAGACGCUGGAUGAGGAGGGCAGGAAGAAAGAGGAGGAGCAUUAUGAGGAGAUGAAGAAGAAACACGCUGAUCACCCCAAAGUCAACCAUCCGGGGAGCAAGGAUCAACUAAAAGAAGUGUGGGAGGAGGCUGAUGGCCUUGACCCUGAAGAUUUCGACCCCAAAACCUUCUUUAACCUGCACGACACUAACGGAGAUGGCUUCUUUGAUGAACAAGAGUUGGAAGCCCUAUUCACUAAGGAGCUUGAGAAAAUCUAUGAUCCAACUAAUGAAGAGGAUGACAUGGUGGAGAUGGAGGAAGAAAGGCUGCGAAUGAGAGAACACGUCAUGAACGAGGUUGACUCCAACAAAGACAGAUUGGUGUCCUUAGAUGAGUUUCUGGUUGCCACAAAGAAGAAAGAGUUUCUUGAACCAGACAGCUGGGAAACUCUAGAGCAGAACCAGGCAUAUACCGAGGAUGAAAUGAGAGAGUUUGAAGAGCAGCUGGUGAGACAAGAGCAAGACUUAAACCAGAAAGCAGCUGACCUUCAGAAACAGAAAGAGGAGCUGGAGAGACAACAGGACCAGCUUAAUGCCCAAAAGAUAGAACUGCAGCAGGCCGUGGAACAUAUGGAACGAUUAAAAACAGAGAACGAACAGCCUGAGAUGCAUUUGGAAGGAAAUGCUGUUCCUGAGAUGCAUGACCAGCCUCCUAUCCCACCUGAACAUCAGCCUCUGCCCCCAGGACACCAAGAAAUCCCCCCAGAACAACACGUUGUACUCCAGAAUCAACAGGAUCUAGGACAGGGACACCAUAAUAUUCCCCAAAACAACCAGCCAAUGCCUCCAGGUCACAACAACCUACCCCAAGAUUCUCCACAGGUGCUCCUUAACCACAAUAAUGUGCCGUAGGAGUGUUAUAUGGCUUUUACUGCUAAACGGCUACGUGUGAUUAUGUGGAGGACCUGACCAGGCACCAGUCAAACAGAGACUUUAACAAACAGGACCACCUGCCCAGUACUAGUCAAUGAUUACCUGUGCGCACAUUUCAGCUGCUGUUUUAGUAGGGAAGUGGCUGGUUUCAUACACAAUGCAAUUGUAGUAAAUGCAGAUUUCUGUUUGUAAUCGCAAGCAUCUUUUCAUUCGUUGUGAAUAUUUUAUUAUUAUUUUCAACAUGGAAUUGAAUGUGUGUGCGUGCUUUUGUUUUGCACAUUUACUGUUCAGGAACUUUAUGGUACAUGCAGAGCCACAUAAGUUCUAGUUGUGGGAUGUCAGAAUAUUUUACUGGAAAUGUAUGGUUUCGUUUAUUUUAAAGGAUUGAUUUGGGCUACCCUGAAAUUUUAACUGUUGCCUACAUUGGGAAGAGUAAAGUUUGAGAUGGAUGUCAAUAAAAACAUCUAUUUGAAAAAA